AUGCCGGCCAAGGGACGCUACUUCCUCAAUGAGGGCGAGGAGGGCCCAGACCAAGAUGCGCUAUACGAGAAGUACCGCCUCACCAGCCAGCAUGGGCCACUGCUGCUCACACUGCUCUUGGUGGCUGUCACUGCCUGCGUUGCCCUCAUUGUCAUCGCCUUCAGCCACGGCGACCCCUCCAGAGAGCAGGCUGUCCUGGGCACAGCCUUUGUGACACUCACGGUGUUCGUGGCUCUCUAUGUGCUGGUGUACGUCGAGUGCCUCCUCCGGCCAUGGCUCCGGGCCCUGGCACUGCUCAUCUGGGUCUGCCUUGUGACGCUGGGCUACGUGCUGGUGUUCGACUCAUGGAUGAAGGCGGCCUGUGCGUGGGAGCAGGUGCCCUUCUUCCUGUUUAUCAUCUUCGUGGUGUACACGCUGCUGCCCUUCAGCAUGCAGGGAGCCAUCACGGUGGGGGUGGUCUCUACCGCCUCCCACCUCCUGGUGCUCGGAGCUCUGAUGGGGGCCUUCGCAACACCCAGCGUCCGGGUGGGGCUGCAGCUGCUGGCCAAUGCUGUCAUCUUCCUGUGUGGGAACCUCACGGGCGCCUUCCACAAGCACCAGAUGCAGGACGCCUCCCACGACCUCUUCACCUACACUGUGAAGUGCAUCCAGAUCCGUCGGAAGCUGCGCAUCGAGAAGCGCCAGCAGGAGAACCUGCUGCUUUCGGUGCUCCCUGCCCACAUUUCCAUGGGCAUGAAGCUGGCCAUCAUUGAGCGGCUCAAGGAGCGCGGGGACCGCCACUACAUGCCUGACAACAACUUCCACAGCCUCUACGUCAAGCGGCACCAGAACGUCAGCAUCCUCUAUGCUGACAUCGUGGGCUUCACACGGCUGGCCAGCGACUGCUCCCCCAAGGAGCUGGUGGUGAUGCUGAAUGAGCUCUUCGGCAAGUUCGACCAGAUCGCCAAGGCUAACGAGUGCAUGCGGAUCAAGAUCCUGGGCGACUGCUACUACUGUGUGUCAGGCUUGCCUGUGUCCCUGCCCACGCACGCCCGGAACUGUGUGAAGAUGGGGCUGGACAUGUGCGAAGCCAUUAAGCAGGUGCGGGAGGCCACGGGUGUGGACAUAAGCAUGCGUGUGGGCAUACACUCGGGGAAUGUGCUCUGCGGGGUCAUUGGGCUGCGCAAGUGGCAGUACGACGUCUGGUCCCACGACGUGUCCCUGGCCAACAGGAUGGAGGCAGCUGGGGUUCCUGGCCGGGUGCACAUCACGGAGGCGACGCUGAACCACCUGGACAAGGCGUACGAAGUGGAGGACGGGCACGGGCAGCAGCGGGACCCUUACCUGAAGGAGAUGAACAUCCGCACCUACCUGGUCAUUGACCCCAGG